AGCGACCCCAACGAUCAAGCUCGGGCCUUAGCCAUGGUGCUCGAGAAGAUCUACGUCGGCGUGACGAUGGCGAACAAGUGGACGGACCCCACGUCCUUGCUAAUCAUCGGCCUCGCCGGCGGCGUCCCUGCGCUGCUCAUCGCCGAGGUGGCGAUCGCGCUCAAGGUGGGGCUGGUGUACACGGCGGUGCUGCCUGGCCUGAUCUGGCUCUGGUACCAGUUCCACCUCCGGACGCCGCCCGCCGACACUGAGGCCUUCCUCACCUUCAAGGACGCAUCGCUCCGCCGCAGCUGGGCAAAGAACAAGAUCCCGAUGCACAUCCUUGUCGAGGCCUUCCUGGACGACAAGGUCGCCUUCAAGAAGGACGUCUUCAAGACGCUCGACGAGCACCGCGAGGACUUCAUCGACUGGCGCCCCACCUGGAACCUCGCCCUCUUCCUCAUCCGGCAGGCCCUCCCCUCCACCUCCUCCUCCUUCAAGUCGAUCGCCGCCACAAAGAAGGAGAUUGCAGACCACUACGACAUGGGCAACGACUUUUUCGGCGCCUUCAUGGGCCCGCUGAUGAUCUACACCUCCGCCAUCUACCACGGCCUGCACCAGACGCUCGAGCAGGCGCAGACCAACAAGCUCGACACCAUCUGCGAGAAGCUGCACCUCAAGCCCGGCCAGCGCAUGCUCGACAUCGGCUGCGGCUGGGGGACGUUGGCGCGGCACGCGGCGAGCCGCUUCAAGGCGCGCUCCAUCGGGGUGACCCUCUCCAAGGAGGGCGCGGCGUGGUGCCGCGAGCAAAACGCAAAGGAGGGGCUGUCGCAGGAGCAGUGCGACAUCCUGAUGUGCGACUACCGCGAGAUCCCGCGCAGCGACGGCGCCUUCGACGCGAUCUCGGCGGUGGAGAUGGCGGAGCACGUCGGACUCGCCAACUUCACGCAGCCCUUCCUGAGCUCGAUCUUCAAGAUGCUCAAGGACGACGGGCUCUUCUUCAUGCAGGUGGCUGGGCUGCGCAAGGGGUCCAACUGGCAGGACGUGCAGUGGGGGCUCUUCAUGUCAAAGUACAUCUUCCCCGGCGCGGACGCGUCCACGCCGCUCUACUGGUACACGCAGCAGCUGGAGAAGGCGGGCUUCGAGGUGCACUCGGUCGAGAACAUCGGCCGCCACUACUCGCACACGCUCAAGGCGUGGUACGACAACUUUCAAAAGAACAAGUCCAAGCCCGAGAUCCAGCAGUACCCCGCGCGGCUGCACCGGCUGUGGGACAUCUUCCUCGCCUGGUCGGUGGUCGCCGCCGGCCAGGGCUCCGCCACCUGCUACCAGAUCGUCUCGCACAAGAACCUCUACUCCUUCCCGCGCGACAACUUUUGCUCCGACCAGAUUGCGCGCCCGACUGGGCCGCGCGCCUGAGCCGCGCCCGCCGCCGCCGCCGCCGCCGCGCUCGGGUGUCUGCGCCCGCGGGCCUUCUCGAGAGGAGGAGAGGGCGAGGGGGGUGGGGGUGGGUCGGGGCGACGCUGGGGGAGGGGCCAGGGGGGGAUCUCGCCUCUGGACUAAGCGGGCUGCAUGGAGAACUCUUGCGGCCGGUGGCCUGCCGCGAGCUGAGACACGCGCCCGCGAUGCCGGAGGGUUUCGCGCGCCCGCGUACCGCCCCGCAGCGCGCGUGCGCAGUGUCCGCCAGGAAUUGAGAGCAUGCUCACACCAACACAUUCACAUACACACCGCGGCCGUGUUUGUCCAUAAUGUAUUUAUCACUGAUCGAGCCAC